ACAUGUCCGUUACGUCUCGACGUCUCUCUUUCUGGUUGGCUGUUGAAAUGUCAGUUUCAGUAGCAUUAGCAGACAAAAUGCGGUUGUUUCUGCGUUAACUUGACUGCAUGGGCGGCGAACAGAAACGCCUAAACCUCGUAUAAAUCAAGCCAAAGAGAUCAAAGUGAGACUUGUGUAAUUUAAAAAAUGGGGGCCCUGAUAUCUCGAUGGAAGACAAAGCCAACAACAGUUGAGCAGCUGGAGAACCUGGACAAGGAGAUUAAAGAGCUGGAAGAGUUUAGAGCCAAAAACCAGCGCCUGCAAAAGCUAUGGAUUGGCCGGUUGCUUCUUUACUCAUCUGUCCUUUACCUGUUGACCUCUCUGGUCGUCUACUGUCUCUACCUCCCCGAGCAUUGGUUGCAGAGAGUAGCCAUGGGCCUACCUUUCUUCAUAUACCCUGUGCUCGUGUGGUUCAUCAGAAAGUUAUUGAUUUUCCUCUUCUCCAAACGCACUGAAAGAAACAGUGAAAAACUUGAAGAUUUAAAGGCUGCCAAAAAAAAGAUUCUUGAGGAGGUGAUGGAGACAGAAACCUACAAAAAUGCCAAGCUCAUCCUGGAACGCUUUGAUCCUGAAGCUAAGAAGAAAGCUGAACUGGAGGCAACUCCAGUGCGUUCUCAGAUAACUCCCAGGCCGGGACAAGAGAUUCGGCAGAGGGGGGUGGCAAUGAGACCCAUGCCAAUGGGCACCCCGCCUGCAAUGGUCAUGACUCCUCCAGCUGGAGCACGGCCCCUACUGGGACCAGCAGGCACACCCGUGGCUCCAGGAGGACCACCAGAGAGAUCUGCUCUGUCUGCCUCCGUCCUCCAGGGGGCAAUACCUAGGACCCCUUCCUCCCCGAUGCCAGGUAUGCACCCUCCAGGUCCUCCAUUAGCUAGACCCAUCUUGCCCAAAGACAGGGGAGCUGUGGACAGAGUCAUUGAGUACUUGGUAGGGGACGGACCACAGAACAGAUAUGCACUGAUCUGCCAGCAGUGUUUUUCUCAUAAUGGCAUGGCUCUGAAAGAAGAGUUUGAAUAUCUAGCAUUUCGUUGUGCGUAUUGCUACGUUAUGAAUCCAGCCAGGAAGACUCGCCCUCAGGCUCCCCGUCUUCCAGAGUUCAGCUUUGAGAAGAGGCUGCGAGCAGAAUCGCGUUCACCUGAGCGUUCUGGGACAGACACAGAGGAGAGCACGCCACCUUCUGGAGAUGAAAAAGAGAUGGGAGAAGGCGAAGGAAUCGCUAAAGAAGUAGAGAGCAAGAGCCAAUCAGAGGAGCAAGAUUAUCUACAGCAGCAGCAGGAGGAGGAGGAGAAGGAAGAAGAAAUGGUUCAGGAAGAGGUGGCAGAGGAGGAAUCGGAGCAGAGUCACAGCAGCCUCUGUGAGACAGAAGCUCAGCCAUCGUAGUUUCAAAGAGCCCAGAAACGGUCCAGAGAGAUGUGAUUGUUCUGUACAGACAGAAGGUGAUGGUAUUGGCCAGGAUGGUUAUUGGCAGUUAAAAGCAACAUUGAUGGACAAGGACUGCUACCACUGUUAUUUCUAUUUAUUAGUAAAAUUGUCCAAUAGUUUUGCCAUAAACGAUGCCAAGGCAUCUUGGUCUUACAGUUUGAUGUGGUGACUGGGAUGGUGUCAGACUGAGACUUGUAGUUUUAAGUUUAAGACUGUUUCUUUGUAGUGUAGUUGGGUGGUUGGUCAUAUUGCUCUAUAGGUGCACUGACUAACUUAAUGUAGUUGGAUGCGGUGUGCUUUUGAUAAGGAAAAAUGUUUUUAGAUUAAACUGCUGGUUCACACUUUGUUUGUCCUCAGAUGCUUUUAAAAGAGGAUUACUGCUGUUUGAAAUUACUGCCUGAAGUGGGUGAGAAUGUCAGAUGAUUGUAGCAAAAGGUCAGCACAAACACUCCCGAUCCAAUAUGGAAAACUUUGGAUUUACCUACACUAUCCAAGCAUCUGACAUACAUGACACAAAGUCCAUCUCAGGAUAAACCUGUUGUGAAUCAGGACAUCAUCUGUUGUGUUUACAGUAUGUGCAUACAAGUAUGCUGUUAGGUGUCAGGCUGCUGCUGUAGCUUUUUCUUCUAUUUUUAAAUCCCACAAUCCCCAAUAUUUUAGCCUAAUAAUAGAAACAUCCAACUCUUUGGAUACCUUCUGUUGUAGUCAUGUUUACCCGACACUGAUGCAUGUAUGCAUUUUAUCCCCGUGAUUUUUUUUUUCUCUUUUCUUUUCAUUCUAUUUGAGCAUCUUGUCCCAGACUGUCAACAAUGAGGUACAAGCAGUUAGUUGCAUUUAGGCCUGUUUGGAGCAAAAGUACUGAAACUGAAUGCUGAAUGAGGAAUAAACCAGAGUGUAGCCAAUAUUGCAUCAAGAGAAUGAAAACAGUUGCAGAAGCUGUAGUCUGUUCACUAAAAAAAAAUCAUUCUCACUUUUUUAAAGGCUGCAGAAAAUGGCUUUCAAUAAUGUUUAGCUUCAGCUGUUACCCUGAUGUGUGUGCUUUACCAAAGGAAUGAACAGGAAAGGAAAAUGCAUAACACAGAAAAUUGAGACUAAACAAACUUUUUCACCAAAAUUUUAACAAUUUUUGGUGGCACAGUGGUUUGCCUUGUUGACUCACAGGAAGAAGGUUCUGGGUUCGAAUCCACCAUCUGGCCGGGGCCUUUCUGUGUGGGGUUUGGAUGUUUUCCCUGUGUCUGCGUGGGUCCUAUCCGGGCACUCCGGGCCCAUCAGAUCAGGAAAAUUUGACUUGACAGAAACAAGUUGACGCUGUGCUUUUCCUCGCCAUCUUUUAGCACAUUACAUUUGAACUAAGCUCUUACUUUUAAUUAAAGUCUGUGAGAUUGCCUGUCAAAGAAUAGCCUGACUUUAACAUUAGCAUUGAUGAGCUACGGUAACAAUGAAAAUGUUGCUGAAUAAACUGAACUGCUGAGUACUUGGCAAGCAGCAAGAACAAACAACUCUGAGCUAAAACUGCCAGUUUAUCUGUAUGUAUGUGGUCAUUGCCAAUUGUUUUACUUAGCCAGGAUUAUAAUUUGCCAAAUGCAUUGUUUUAUCUGUAUUUCAUGACUUCAUUUGCACUGAGUUUUAUUUUAUUUAUUUGGCUAUACAGUGUUUAAAUUCUAGAUCAGACAUUGCUGCACUGGUUUUAAACAUUUUAGUCACUUAACCUUUUAUUGCCAUUGUAUUCAUAGGUAUUUAAGUAUAGGCCUUGAUUCAGGUUCUGUAGACGUUAAGUCAUGAACUAUUUAAAAGGUUUUCGUCUGUGUGCUUGCAUUCAUUUACAAUGUUCACAGUAGGUACCUGGUGCCAUCAUUCUAAGUCGUAGCUGUAGCUGAAGGGAUGGGAAUUCAUGCUUCAUUUGGUCAGCACUAGCACUUUGUGCUGUUAUUAAAUGGAACCAGAAGAAAUGGUGAGUGUCUAUGCAAAUAUAAAUAGCCUGUGUCAUUUGUGAUGUACCAGUUUGGUCCCAGAAACACACUCUGGUGAAAUGGGCAAAAUAUUUUUUCCAGAAGUUGGCUGUAAGGAUUGAGACAGCCCAAAGAAUCCAGAGGCAGGAAUGUUUUUGGUUAAGCCUUGAUUAAAUGUUAAGGAGAGAACAGUUUGUGAAUUUGGAGUUUCUUGUCUUGACACCUUGAGUACUGCUUGAAAUUUUGAUUUUUGUCCAAGUAUUUCCCUUCACCAGACUGCUUUGUUUACCUAAGUUGGAAAUAAUGUUACCUGCACCACCUUACUGACUCGUGGUUAGCUGAAUGCUUCCAAUAUAAACAUUUUUGUCUUUUUACAUGCUGGUGAAAUAGGAGGCUGUCAGUUUAAUAUUUAAACAAUUUCCCAGAUCUUCAACAUGUUGUCUCACACCCUGAUGUGUAAUACCUGUUUCUUUUGCAUUUGUAGUUUUGUUUUUGCUCUGCUAGAUUUAUCAAAUGGAUUUCUGCCAAUGCUGUUUGUCAUUAAAUGUGCGCUUGGCACGCCUAAUAAAGUUUUUCAACAACAAAA